GCAGUGAGAAUGCAGGCUGGAUGCUCAGGGCUUCUGUUCCUUUGAUGUGUAUUGGAUGAGCUGGAAGCACAGGUUAAAUCGCUACAGCUGUCUAGAGUGAAAGGAUCUGUUAUCCAAGCUUUCUAAGAGCAGUGCCUUUGCAUUCCUUUGUUCAGGCUUUCUGUAAUGUCUAGCAUCUUUGCUUCAUGCUAGGAGACUUGUGCUUUCCUCUUUCAUUGUCUAUUAAACUGCUUGUGACGCCAGACACGACAGCAGUACAGCAAUUUUGAAGGCAGGAAGCGGCUACAACCCUUCUGGCGUUGCUGUAUUUGAAGCACUGCCGCGAUGCGGUUCCCUUAAGAGGAUACUUGGUAGUGCAUUCACUUUUUUAAAUCGCUGUCUGCAGUGACUUCUUUACCAGGGCUCUAGUUGAAAGAUAAGUGAUGCUGCAGUCCCUCUGGCAGGUUUUUUCUUGCCUUUUUUCGAGGGCUGCAUGUCAAGGCCCUGCUGAAGGAAAGGAGAAUGAGGCAAAGGAAUCUCCAGCUCCCCGCCCUGGGGACCAGGGACCAAAGAUGCUGGGGAAACCGCUCAACAAAGAGACCAAUCCCACUGAAAGGAGACCAACUAUUCUAUUGGUAGUUGGACCUGCAGAGCAUUUCACACAGAAAAUUGUUAAAGCUGGAGAUAAGGACCUAGAUGGGCAGCUGGACUUUGAGGAGUUCGUUCACUAUCUCCAAGACCAUGAAAAGAAACUGAGACUGGUUUUCAAGAGCUUAGACAAAAAGAAUGAUGGCUGCAUUGACGCCCAGGAGAUCGUGCAGUCCCUUCGGGACCUGGGAGUCAAGAUAUCUGAACAGCAGGCUGAGAGAAUUCUCAAGAGAAUAAGAACGGGACACUUCUGGGGUCCUGUCACCUACAUGGAUAAAAAUGGAACAAUGACAAUAGAUUGGAAUGAAUGGCGUGACUAUCACCUGUUGCACCCUGUGGAGAACAUUCCUGAGAUUAUCCUGUACUGGAAGCACUCAACGAUUUUUGAUGUAGGAGAGAACCUGACAGUACCAGAUGAGUUCACAGUGGAAGAGAGGCAGACUGGAAUGUGGUGGCGACACCUAGUUGCAGGUGGAGGGGCAGGGGCAGUGUCAAGAACAUGCACUGCUCCCUUGGACCGCUUGAAAGUUCUCAUGCAGGUCCAUGCUUCUCGCAGUAACAACAUGUGCAUCGUUGGAGGCUUUACCCAGAUGAUCAGAGAGGGUGGCACAAGGUCACUUUGGCGAGGGAAUGGCAUCAAUGUUUUGAAAAUUGCUCCAGAGUCUGCCAUCAAGUUCAUGGCCUAUGAACAGAUCAAGCGAUUCAUUGGCACUGACCAGGAGGUGCUGAGGAUUCAUGAGAGGCUGGUAGCAGGUUCAUUGGCAGGAGCCAUUGCACAGAGCAGCAUCUACCCAAUGGAGGUUCUGAAGACACGGAUGGCCCUGCGCAAAACAGGGCAGUACUCAGGGAUGCUGCACUGUGCCAAGAACAUCCUCACCAAAGAAGGAAUGGGUGCUUUCUACAAAGGCUACAUCCCCAAUAUGCUGGGGAUCAUUCCCUAUGCAGGAAUUGACCUGGCUGUAUAUGAGACAUUGAAAAACAGCUGGCUGCAACAUUAUGCUGUGAACAGUGCUGAUCCAGGGGUGUUCGUUCUGUUGGCCUGUGGUACCAUCUCUAGCACCUGUGGACAACUGGCCAGUUACCCUCUUGCCCUAGUACGCACACGAAUGCAAGCUCAGGCUUCAGUCGAAGGAGCGCCACAGGUAACAAUGAGGAGUCUCUUCAAGCAUAUCCUGAAGACAGAGGGAGCCUUUGGUCUCUACAGGGGCUUGGCUCCCAACUUCAUGAAGGUGAUCCCAGCAGUGAGCAUUAGCUACGUGGUCUAUGAGAACCUGAAGAUGACUCUGGGCGUGCAGUCGCGGUGACCAGGUGGUGCCUGGGCCCUUGAACUUUUUCAACAAAAUCUUGGGGCUCUGACCCCCAGGGUGUGCCACCAUUUCAUUCUGUGAAUGUGUUGACUGACACUAAGCUGAUCAAACUAAGCUGUGAAAAUCCCAGAUGGUGUGUGUUGGGGAAUGAUGAGGUAUUGGGCCUUUCUACUGUGUUGCUAUCAAAAGCUCUAUAUGUGUUUUAAACAAUCGUUUGGCAGUUCUUCCCAUGUUCAAGGGACCAACUGGGAAUUGAAGGAAAGUUUCUUGAGCUGUCAGUGGUGGCCUGGCUUUUAGCCUUCUUUAGAGUCUUUUGCGCAAGCUCACAGCUGGAGAAUGUAUCAUCUUCCAACUUGCUUGAAAGAGCUUUUUUCUGUUGAGUUGUAAACUCUUCUUAGCCAUGGUUUUGAUUCUGCAAACGACCUGCCUUGGGUAGGAAUGGCUGCUGGGCCAAAAUACUUUGCUGUUUACAUGUUUUCUUUUGGAUAGGAGCAAUUCAUUUUUCUACUUCAAAAUUCUGACGCUGCAGUGUAAAUUAAAACCAAGGCUUCAGGGUGCAAAGCCAGUCCCUGCUGAGUCUGAGUGUUAAUUUCAGGUUAGCCAGACAGAGUUUAAAAUAUUUUAUUUUUAUUAUAGUUUCUGUGUUCCUGUAAAACUGCUGGCAAUAUGCACUUUAUAACAAAAGCAGCAGCUGCAGUCUAGAGUCUGCAUGUCUGUGUUUGCAUGCUGGAGUAGCUGAGAGGACCUGGCACGUGCAGUUCUGCACAUUUUGAAUGGCCUGACCAAGUAACUGGGGAGCUGUGUUGCCACUGGUCCAGUCUCUGCAUCUGAGCUCACUGCAGCAUGGCAGGGGCUGUGGAGAGGCCACUUUUGCUUCCCAGUUAGCGUUUUGCAUGGUGCUUCAAAUACAGUUCUGCCAAGUGCUGCAGGUAGCAAAUUAUUCUUGAAACUUCAAGCCUUGCAUUGCUUCAUUCAUCCAUAGAACUUUAUAGGUUGAUGCUAGAGUUUGAAUUAGGUUAGGGUGGGCUGGUGGACUUGAACUUUGGACAAGGAAGAAAUUUUGCUAUGGGGGACACACCAGGUUAACUGACAAAGGUGAAAAUGGUAGCCUUCAUUAUGAUAUUAGAAGGGAGUGGGGAGCUGCUUGCUUCCGCCCACCCACUUCCACCAGGUGCUUAUCAUAAGGAGAAGGGAAGGUGGUGGCUGCCAUAUCUCUGACUUCACUGUUUCAAGGGUUCAUUGAGUUUGUCCACUAAGACUUAUUGGAGCCCAGGGGAUCCUUGAUUGGGGACCAGCAUCGCAUUCCAUUUUUGUCGUUGUUUUGCUGCUUUCAAAGCAUAUUUAUUUUGUAUUUAUUUAAAGACAAAAGACGAAACUGUCACACUUAUUUUUGUAGACAUGUUUAAAUAUAGUUACUUUGUCCUUGGUAUUCUGUAUUUUUGUACAGGUCUCAUAUUUAUGUUCUUAAAAACGUUUUGCACAUUUUCAGUAUCGUCUAAUAAAAUAAUCAUUGCAAACUGGACCCCCUCAGAGGUCCUUAGUGCUCCAUUUCCUUUUCGUGUUGCCUGUCCUGCAUCUGGGUUGACUGAGAGCCUCAGUCAAGAAAAAAUCCCUUUGUGGGGAAAAGCCUUAGGAGAGUGGUGGGUGGUGGGGAAUGAAAGGCCCUUCUUUGGGGGUCUGCCUUACUGUGGCAUCGCCUCAUCAUUAGUGACUUUCUUUUUAUGGGUGUUGGACGAACCACAAACUAGAUGGGUUUUUGUUUUUUUUUAAUGGUU